AUGGAUGCUUACUCAAAGGCUGGAUUUCUUGAUGGGUCUCGAAAGGUCUUUAAAUUGACUAGUGAUAGAAGCAAAAUUGUAUGGACAUCAAUCAUAUCCGCUGUUGCGGCUCAUGGAGAAGCUGCAGAGGCACUGUGCCUGUUCAAUGAGAUGAUCAAUGCUGGCAUCAGACCGGAUACCAUAGUCUUCACUGCUGUGCUUACAGCUUGUGCUUAUACUGGCAAGGUAGCUGAUGCUCGUAAAGUUUUUAACUCCAUGCAGGUUGUGUUUGGUAUCAAUCCGGUGAUGGAGCAAUAUGCUUGCAUGGUUUCUGCAUUCAGCCGUUCAGGGAUGCUAAAGGAUGCACUUGAGCUUGUCAACAGCAUGCCAUUUGAACCAAAUGCAAAGGUCUGGGGUCCAUUGCUUAAUGGAGCAGCAGAAUUCGGUGAUGUUGAGCUUGGUAGAUUUGUAUUCGAUCGACUAUUUAUAAUUGAGCCUAAGAACACCGGUAAUUACAUUGUGAUGGCUAAUUUGUACUCAAAUGCUGGCAAAUGGGAAGAAGCUGAGAUCAUAAGGAGCAUGAUGUGGGGAGUUGGGCUCGAGAAGGUUCCUGGGUGUAGUUGGAAUUGA